AUGGCGCCUCGAUCCCGUCUACAGGGAUCUGACAAAGGGUAUCAGAGUGAUGUCAGUUCCGACCCGAACGUGAUCUUUUCGGACAAUCUGAUAGCGACUCCACCAGUGACCCGAAUUCCGAUAGUGAGGACUCCGAUGAUGAAAACAAAGCUAGUCGAGGAUACCGACGAUGAGGGCCAGCUACCCUCGGAACGCUACUUGACCCAGGAAGAGAAUCUGAAUGCCUCUCAGCUUCGACAAAACCGGUACAGCGACGGUGCGAAUGUCAAUCUGACUUCUCCGUCGGAGGAUGGAACGGUGUGGACUGUUGAGCAGAAAAGCCCUGAAUUGGAAAUCGAGUAUCCAGAGGGAUAUCUGAGAGUCAAUCACACGUGGGGCCCUUUAAAUCUCGUCGAUGGAUAUGUCGACCCGAAUACAUUCGAAAUAGUGGUGGCCCCGGUCGUAAAUCAAGUCUAUCUCGGGACUAUCCAAGGAAACCUCAAGGAUGAUCUCAGUGUCCAAUUCAAUCUAUCCAGCUCGUCCGGUCAGUUUCGAUUUUUCCUCAGGAAUGGAAAUGAAGUCUGGAUAGAUCUUAAUAUGCGAAUUCAAUUCGGUGGCUAUUUCGAAAGGCAAUGGAAGUUCUUGAGCAUUUGA